AACGGUAUAUUUAUAUUGAUGCAGGUGGUUGGUUUUGAGUGUUCGGCUUUGUAUAAUAAUACCUACCUAACUAUACGCUCUGAGUUCCCCGUACAAUGUGGUGUCUUCGUGCCGCAGAGUGCAGAUCAAUAUAUCGUACGAAUCUACCUAAUAAUAUUCUGUUGUGUCACAUACAAUGUUAACUUUACGCUAAUCGCUUACCUAUAUAAAACGUCAUAAUAUAAUAAGAUACACGCUGUCUAAAAACGUGUCUAUGCUGGCGUAUAAUAUUAUAUUAUAAUACUGCCGUCGCCGACACAAAGACAUAUCAACAGAACAGUGGUAUAUUCACGCCACGUGUGUUCAUGAAGAAAUGACAAUAAACAAACAUGAACAGAUACAUGACUCUGAAUCAGCUUGGAGACGGCACGUAUGGAUCAGUCGUGUUGGGACAAAACAUCGAUACAGGAGAAAAGGUGGCCAUUAAAAGAAUGAAAAGAAAAUAUUAUUCUUGGGAUGAAGCAAUGAAUUUGAGAGAAGUUAAGUCUCUGAAAAAAUUAAAUCAUGCUAAUUUAAUAAAGCUGAGAGAAGUCAUUAGAGAAAACGAUACACUCUACUUUGUAUUCGAAUAUAUGAAAGAAAAUCUUUAUCAGCUUAUGCGGAGUCAAAGUAAAUUUUUUCCCGAACAGUCAAUCAGAAAUAUACUUUAUCAGAUAUUGCAAGGAUUGGCGUUCAUGCACAGGCACGGUUUCUUCCACCGGGACAUGAAGCCGGAGAACCUACUGUGCUGCGGUCCCGAGCUCGUCAAAAUCGCCGAUUUUGGUUUGGCCAGGGAGACCCGUUCGCGUCCUCCGUACACCGACUACGUGUCCACCCGAUGGUAUCGGGCCCCCGAGGUGUUAUUGCAUUCGAUCAAUUACAGCACGCCGAUCGACUUGUGGGCCGUCGGCUGCAUCAUGGCCGAGCUGUACACGUUCAGACCGUUGUUUCCGGGCACGAGCGAGAUCGAUCAAAUAUUCAAAAUUUGCUCGGUUCUAGGCACGCCCGAUAAGGUACCUAUAUAUAUAUAUAUAUAUAUAUAUAUAAAAUAUAUAGGCUGCUGAGUGCUGGUGUUAGGU